AUGGACGACGACCUCGACUUCUUCUGCCGUCGGCCAAUCAAGAAGACGCGCUCCAAACCGAAAGCCGAACUGAAGUCAGCCGAGCGCACCUCACCAGGCGAGCGGUCGACCGUGGCAGGCCCCUCAAGCGAGGCCCGCGGUACGGACGAUGCGCCGAUCGCAAUCGAUGAUGAUGAUGACGACGACGACGACGACGAUGACGACGACAUUGUGGAGUCGGGCAGCGGCAGCGACUACGCCAGCGAAGACGGCGACUACGAUGGCAAGCGACGCGUGAAGCGGCGCAAGAAGAAACACACACGUACACUUCCAGCGUGGGCCUCGCAGGCUGUCUACCGCCCACCCUCGCCCGAGCCUACACCGUCCUUGUCAGCAGCUCCCAACUCGCUCGAUUCCCCCUCUGCGCCAUCCACCUCGCGCGACGACCCUGGCUCCUCAAAGCACACGCCGCGCACAGCACGAGCACGCGGGGUGAGCCUCACGCCACCUCCACCUCCGUCGCCGGAAAAGCUGUCGAUGGCGCGCGAGCUGGUGUCGAAAGUGAUCGGGUCCAAGUUCAGCACCGCGCGAGCUGAGCCGGCGAGGGGUGGGCGGCAGACACGCAACUCAGCAACACCGGGCGCGGCCGAGGCUGGUGCGGCGAUGGUCGAGGAGGUGGAGGAGCCGAUUCGGUGGGAACCGGACCUGGCGCGGCUCAUGCGUGGCGAGGACAAACGGCAUCUGAGGGAGCAGGCGAAACGCGAACAGCAGCUGCGCGAAGAACGGCGGCGGCAACGCCAACCACCUGCUGCCGCGCUGCCGCGCACCAACGGUCGCACUGGAGCGAGCCAAGCUGUGGUGCUCGACGGCAACGACACCGACACGAGUUUCGAGGAGUUACCACGACUCUCGACGAGGAGUCCGACCAAACGCAGCGUACGCGCCAAGCCUGCGUCUGAGCCCGUGGUGGUGGUGGAUUCCUCAGACGACGAAGCACGCGCGCCCGCCUUGACAAACGGCGUUAAUGAGGAGCAGGAGACACUGGGCUUGACACUACAAAGCAAGCUCGGGUCUUUGGGCGUGACGGUGACGCCGACGACGCGGCUGGCGACGAUCCUGGAGCACUUUUUGACGCACCAUCCGCAGCUCACGGUGCGCGUGGACCAGAUGCGCGCCACCUUUGACGGGUACGCCUACAGGCCUGCGCAAACGAUCGCGGACAUGGAGGUCGAAGACGCGGAUCAGGUGGAGAUUACAUGGUCGUGA